CUCGACGGGGUUUGGAAGUACUGUGCUUGAAUCGAUUUGAGCAAGUUUACCUUGACGGAGUUUGGAAAUACUGUGUGUGAAUUGAAUCUUGUGUAGUAAAAUUUGAAGUGAGAAGAGCAAGUUUUAAGUUUACGUUCACGGGGUUUGGAAUUACUGUGCUUGUAUUGAUUUGAGCAAGUUUAGCUCGACGGGGUUUGGAAUUACUGUGUUUGAACUGAUUUGAGCAAGUUUUACCUUGACGGGGUUUGGAAUUACUGCAUUUGAAGUGUGAAGAGCAAGUUUAAAUUAUUGGGGUUUUGGAUUGAUUUCGAGUGUGAGGAUUAAAUGGAAGUAAAUUGAAGCUGGAAAGGAAUGUGGGGACAUGGUGUAUGGACGGGAGUAUAAUUGCUGGUUCGUUCCGUUAGUGGAGCACUUAAUUGGAGAGUAUAAUUGUGCAUUUUUAUCUCGAAGUAGAAGUGUGUGCAAUGUCUCGCUGCCAUAAGUUUCCACCACCAGGAUAUGAAAAGAAGCCUAGACCGGAAGAGGGUGACUUAUUAAAAGAGGAGAAGAGCAAGGAGAAAAAGCAUAAAAAGGAAAAGAAAGACAAGGAGAAGAGAGAAGGUAAAGAAAAAAGGGAUAAAGACAGAAGUGAUGGGAAACACAGAGAAAAGAAAGAGAAAAAGGAUAAACACAGGGACAAGAAGGAAAAGCACAGGGACAAAAAGAAGGACAAGGACAAGGACAAAGAGAAAAGCAGCAUCUCUGAGGAGGCAAGAGUUGCCGUUCCACCCGGGGCUUCUAGUGGAGGGAAGCUUCACGAGAGAGAUGAACAUAAAGAUAGACACAUUAGCUCAGAAAAAGAGAGAGAUGAACAUAAAGAUAGACACAUUAGCACAGAGAAAGCCAAACUCCCCAAUCAGUUUCAUGUCCAGCAUGGAGAGCAGAAGCCCUUUAAGACCCGCCACUCUGCUGUUGAGACAGAGGACUCAAAAUUUGUGCAGGAGUUGGGCAGGAGGAUCAGAGAUGAAGAGAAGGGUGCGCAAAGUCAGUUGGCGGAGAGAUUUCCAGUUGAGUGGAAAAGAGAUGAAAAGCCAGAAAGGGUGGGCAAAGUUUUUGGAAAUUCGGCUGAAGACAAGGAAAAGAACAAGGAGAAAGGAUUUGAUAACCAUAAGAUGGAUGCGCAAGCAUUCACGGGUGAACAUAAAGUUGGAGCUAAUGCGAUACCUCCCGGCCUUUCUACAAUGGCAAAAAGCAAUUUUGAAGGAAUUCCCCGACCGUUGGAAGAAAAUGUUGGGAAGAAGAGAGAGGAAAAACAGAAACAUAAAGAAAGACGCGAUGGCAAACCAAGAGAGAAAAAUAAGGAUAAAGACAGGGAAAAGCACAGUCAUGGAAAGCAGAAAGACAAGGAAAAAGAGAAGAAAAAGGAAGAGAAGGCGAAGGAUAAAAGUGGAUUCAAGAAAAGCCAGGAGGAUAAAUCAAAAGACAACAAUAAGAAUGAUUUUGUUGUUCUUAGUAACAAUAAACUUCCACCUGUAUCCAAAGAAAACAUUGCUGGUACGGUCACCGAGGGAAUUGACAGAAAGAGAAAGAAUGUUGAAACUAAUGGUUUCCUGCAUGAGAGUGAAGUCAGGCCUGCUAAAUUGCUGCGGCCCUCAUCCUCUCAGCAGCCAACACAGAAUGGAAAGAAAUUGGACACUCACCCAAAAGCAGACUUAUUUUCCUCUAUUAAACAGGGAGUUGCUACUGAUACUAGAGUGGAAAACAAGGAGCAGAAGGUGAAUGGUAGUCUAGAAGGUCAGCCGUUGUUCAGCGUCAAGGCAAAGGCUCCAUCCCCGAUUCCUGGUGCUGAUCAGAUUGCUGAAGCAUCUAAAAAACCACUGUUCAGUGUUAAGGCAAAGGCGUCUUCCGUGAUUCCUGGUGCUGAUCAGAUUGCUGAAGCAUCUAAAAGACCUCCACAUCCCGAUUCCAAGUAUUUAAGCCAGAUACUCACAAUUCCUAAAAUGGACGAUUGGUCUGGAUUUGAUGACCAGGAAUGGUUGUCGGGAAGCAAAAGAACUCCGGCUAAGGAUGCUGAAAUGUGUCCAGAUGAAGUCAAUAAGGAACAUUGUGUAUGGUCUGAAGCUUUGCAAAUAGACUCUGCUGAUAUUUGUGCUCUGCCAUAUGUUAUACCUUAUUGAAUGCUGUUAACAUGAUCUGACGUGAUGAUUUCCAAGGACGAAGCUCUUUCACUGUUGCAGCAUCGAGCAUCUGGCUUCCAACGGCCCAUAGUCAGUUUUUGGUCAGAUUCUUUCUCACCCCUCUUAGCUCUGGUGGCUAUGCUGGUGGCAGUUUGUUCUGGAGUCGAUUCAAGAUCUCGAUCAGGGUUUCCUCCGAAACCUAUAUGAGUUCCAUUGGACUCAUAAAUGAUACAUUGGAAGAUCUUUGUUGGGCGUUCCUGUAACAAUAGGUUGAUUGUUUUGCUCCAUAUCUUCCCAAAGGAAAAAGGAUCUUUAAGAGUUAUCAAUCACCACGGCUGUACCUUGCGGUAGCUUAAACGGAGGGGCGAUGGAAACGGGACAAGUGUGUCUAGGAAGAUGCAUAAGCUUGUGCAAGUUUAUUCUAUUUGCUUAAAAGCUUGGGAUGCUCUUUCCAAUUGAGUGUAAAAGAACUAGCUUUUGUGGUCUUUACAAAUCCACAAUUUUGAUUUGUAACAUAGUAUUACUAUAGUUGUAAGAUAGAAGGGGAUAAAAAGGACAAACAAAAGGGAAGAAAAAAAGUAGUAGUUGCAUUCAUUUGAUUCACUGAGGUACAAGGUUUAGCUUAUAAUCGAUUUCCAUUUUUUGGAAAUGCCACAUAUAACAUGAGGUUUCAAAGUUAAUUGCGACGAAAAUUAAGGGAUGUACAUUGGAAGUAGACCCUUUCUUGUUUAGGGGUUUUCUUUGAAGUUUCUAAAAGCAGUUCAUGAAACACACUUUUCUUGGUUAUGAGAUCUCUAUAAAUAGUUUCAAUUGAAUGUAUA